AUGGAUGAGUAUCACCAGAAUAUGAUCAGAACUUACCCCGGAGAAGCUCUUCUUCUCCCCAACUACGCUAAAUUCUUGAAAGAGGUGCGAGGCGAUCUUUUGAAAAAAGCGGAAGAGUAUUGCCGGAAAGCGGCGUUCGUACGGCCGGACGACGGGGAAGUUCUGUCGACGUAUGGAGAUUUAAUCUGGGUUAACCACGGCGACGAAGCUCUUGCUCAAACUUAUUUUGAUCGUGCUGUUAAGGCUUCUCCAAAUAACUGCCAUGUCCUUGCAUCGUAUGCUCGAUACCUAUGGACUGCUGAGAAAGAUGACGAUUAA